AUGUCGUCCUAUUUCAACCUCUCCUCCUACGCGCGCGCGAAGAAGAACAAAGAUGAUCUGGAGAAGACGAAUCCUCAAGAGCCGGUCCUGAAGGAUGACGACGAGAAGUUCUUGGAAAAGCACAUGUCGCAGGACAACGCCGUAGAGAACGCGAAAAGCGCCGAGCCGACGAAGAUCACCGAAGAUGGCGAAGAGAAGCCCGCGACAGACGAGGAGAAGCAAGCUGCCAGCGAGGGCGACCAGGUCGUGCCCGAGACCCAGCCAGAGCCGCCCGUGAGCCCAGCCACGAAGGAAAAGAGGAAGAAGGACAAUCGCUUUGAGCUACCAAGCCAGGAAGAAGCAGAGGCAGCUACGAGAAGCUGGAAUAAUCAAGUCAAGCUGGACGAUAAGGGCAAUGCAUCUGGAGAGAAGAAGACGUGGGCUUCAUACCUGCCGUCGAUGAAGCCCAGCCCCGGCAAGAAACCAGAGGACAGCGAACAGAAGACGGAGGGGCAAGGCGAUCAACGUACUUGGACGCAAUACGCCUCCUCCUACGUUCCUUCGUCGUACCCAUCUCUCCCCAACUGGGCGAGACCGCGCGACAAGGAUAGCCAGCCUGAGCCCGUCUACAACGAAGAUGGUACUAUCAACGAGGAGAAGACGAAAGAAAAGCAAGAAAAGGAAGUCUCAGUCCUCCUCGAUAACCUCAACAUGUCCGCCAUCAACAACCGCGUCUUCGCCUUCAGCGCCGAAACGCAAAAGUUCUACGAGCGCUUCGCCCAAGUCCUCAAGGAUACCAUGAACGGUGUGCCAACUGCGUAUGAGGACAUGGAUAAAUUGAUGCGGGAGGCGGGACCGACGCUUGAAAAGCAGUUCAACAGCAUGCCUCCGUUCGUGCAAACGCUCGUCAAGAGCUUGCCUAGCAAGUUAGGGACGGUCGUGGGUCCUGAGAUUUUGGCUGCUGCCGCUGCAGAGAAGCCUGAUGACGAGAUGAAGAGGAGAAUGGAGACAGCAAGUAAAGGCGAGAAAUUCGUUGAGGCCAGCAGUAAGGCGGCGGAUGCCAAGGGUGGCGACGCAAACAAGAAGAAGAGAAAGAUCCCGGGUGUUAAGAGCCUGGUGAGCAAGCAGGGUGCUGUUGCCGGGAUCUUAAGGAAUACAGUGAACUUCCUGACUACCAGGUUCCCGUUCCUGGCGAGCACGACGAAUGUUGUCAUGUCGUUGGCGGUGUUCAUCCUAAUGUUCGUCUUCUGGUACUGCCACAAGCGCGGCCGAGAGAUCCGUCUCGCAAAAACCGCCGAGGGUGAAGCGCAAGAAGGCGAAGUCAAAGAAGUCGGCGAGGAAGAAGAAAACGAUGAUGAUGAUGACGGCGACGACAUUGAAGUCGAAUACACCGACGAAGAAGCCGGCGAAGAAGAGGCAGCUGCCGAGGAAAUCGCCGAGGGCGUUGCACAGGAUCUCCAAGAGACAUUGCAGCAAUCGCAGCCAGCUGAGGUUCCUCUGCCUGGUAGCAGCCAGGGCAAGGAGGCGGCGUAG